AUGCAUCUCGAAGAACGUUUCCAUGAUGUGUUUUAUCUCAAUUUUAUCUUCAAUUUUUUGGCCAUAAUUCCUUUGUCUAAUAUAAUGACAAUUGGUGUGGAAGAUUUAUCCGCAUUCUUAGGACCGAAAUAUCAAGCGGUCCUUCAUGCAUUAUCAGGAAACUUUGUUGAACUUGUUAUUGAAUCAUAUGCGUUAAUGGAUGGUCGAUAUGCGAUUGUACGAUCAGCUGUAUUAGGAUCAAUUCUCUGUAAUAUUACUCUGGUCCUAGGUAUAACUUUCGUUGUGGGCUCUUGGCCUACGGCUCGUCGUAGAGAUGGUAAACCCGCUCUUCAUACUGAAUUCGAAAUUGGAACAUUCGUCGACACAUCAUCUUCCAUUUUAGCUUUAGCCUUUCUUGCAUUAAUGAUUCCGGCAGCGUUUAAAAUAGCUGCAGUACCUGUUGAUACAACAGAUCAUCGUUUAGUUGACUGUAAUUUACAAAACAUUAGUCAUGCUACAGCUAUUAUACUUAUGUUGGUUUUUAUAGGACUAUUAGUUUUUCAAUUGAAAACUCAUGCUCAUGAGGUAAUAGACGUUAAAGAAUUUGAUCACCAUAAAAUUUAUAAUUGGUUAUUUGAUAUAAUCUUGAUUGCAGGAUCGGUAGCCGGAAUUACAAUAUGUGCAAGAACUUUGGUUUCAAGUAUUGAAGAAUUAGGAGAUAAAUUUGAACUUGGUACUGGAUUCAUUGGGAUAGUCCUUCUACCUCUUUGUGGUACUUUUAUUGAACAUUAUCAAGCUAUCGCGGAAGCAGCUAGAGAUAAAGUAGAUACAGCUAUCAGCGUUAUUCUUAAUACGUCUGUGCAAAUGGCAUUAUUAAUCGCACCAAUAUUGGUAUCGGUUGGAUGGAUUUAUGGUAAACCAUUAACAUUGGAUUUUAAUAUAUUGGAAAUAUCUGUAUUGGGUUGUGCUAUAUUGAUUGUAAAUUAUCUGGUCGCUGACAAUAAAGUACAUUGGUUAGAAGGUUAUAUGCUAAUUGUAUCGUAUGUAUUGAUAGCCAUAGCAUUCUUCUAUCUUCCAAAUCUUCAUGAUGAACAUCCACCCAUCCUUGAUUGUAAUCCUUGGAGUAGAAAUUUAAACAAAACUAAAGUUGAAGGAAUUGCAGAAACUGGUGGUGCGGAAGGGUAA